GAAACAUUUUAAUUGGCUACUGAACAUCAAGCCCUGCCUUGGGAAGUUCUCUGUUGCAUUCGCCGAAAACAAACUUGACCGGUCACAAGCUAAAAUGAUUAAUUGGAAGGCUUUGGACAACGUACCCGUCCUCUUGUACAUUUUAGCUCUGAAGACACUGAUACUAUGUUUGGGCUUUGCUGGGGUGAAGAUCUACCAGAGUAAGAAAGCAGAGGCAGCUCUCAAGCAGCAGCAGGCUGAGAGGAGGAAGUUGGCCCAGAGGACACAGGAGCUCAUCGAUAACUUAAAGGAAGACUGACAGGAGCUGCGAGACGCUGGGUCAAACAACACAUCAAGUGACCUGACUGCAACAUGAACUCAUGUCUUUUUAAUCCCCUUGGUGGGUGAUCUACAAGAAAUUGCACAACAAUGUAUUUAUUGAAUUUUGUAAUGUGUAUUAUUUGGAGUUAAAUUGAUAAAAAUGUGUUCAACACUCA